AUGACUGGACAAUUGAUCUGGCUCGUUACAGGCUGCUCCUCUGGUUUCGGAGAGGCGUUUGUCCGAGCAAUUCUGGCCAAGGGUGAUCGCGUUAUUGCGACAACACGCGCAAAUGACGGUGUAUCUGGUCUAGACCGCCUCGCUCAUCUCAAAGACCUUGGCGCAGCUACCUUGGAGCUUGACGUAACAGCUCCAGAAAAAGAGUUGAACAACAAGGCUGAAGAGGCGUGGAAAAUCUACGGUCAAGUGGAUGUACUGGUCAACAAUGCAGGCUAUGUAGAGGCGGGGAUUUUCGAAGAACUUGACGAGAAGACUAUUACAGAGUCUCUACGGACGAAUGUUCUUGGCCCAAUGAACCUUACAAGAGCAUUCAUCCCUUUGAUGCGAGCCGCCAAAUCUGGUACUAUUAUUUUUGUUGGCUCAGUUGGUAUCUAUUACGGAGCUCCUGGUGCAAACUGCUAUACCGGGGCCAAGGGUCUUAUCGAGGGUAUGGUUCCUAACCUCGCUACGGAGAUUGCUUUAUUCGGUAUUCGUACUUCAAUCUUGGUUACCGGACAUUUCCGUACCAAGCUUAUGGACCCAGCGAAUAUGAGAUUCCGAGCGCCCAACCCUCAGUCGGAAUACAAUGAAAUCAACAAGCUCAUUAACGCUGGCCUUGCUGCUCAGAAUGGGACCCAGCCAGGCGACCCCAGGAAGGCUUGUGAGCUUGUUGUUGAAGCUGUCAGGGGCGAAGGUCGAUGCGCAGGUAAAGAGCUCCCUCUGAGGCUGCCCCUCGGCUCUGAUGCAUUCAAGUAUAUCAGGGAGAAUUGCGCUGAGCGGUUACAGCUGUGUGAUACAUGGGAUGGCAUCAUGUCCCAGACUGACUAUUGA